AUGCUUUCACAUAAAUCAGAAAGUGUUAAAGUAUUAAUACGUUGUCGUCCAUUUAAUCAAAAAGAAAUAAUAAAUCAUUCAAUAAAAUGUAUUGAUAUACAACAAUUAGAUAAUAAAAAUCAUCAAUGUAUUAUUAAAUUAAUUAGUCCAAAAAGAUAUCGUAGAAGAAUAUCUCGUUUAUUUCGUUUUGAUUCAUUUUAUGAUGAAAAUCAUCGAACAGAACAUAUUUUUCAAGAUUUUGUUCAAUCAUUAGUAUGUGAUGUUACAUUAAAUGGUUAUUCGGGUACGGUUUUUGCUUAUGGACAAACUGGAUCUGGUAAAUCAUGGACAAUGACUGGUUGUCUAUGUCAUUCAGAAAAUGGUUUAAUUUCAAAUGCUAUUGAACAUGUAUUUCAUCUUAUUCAUCAUCAUCAAUCAAAUAAUGAACAAGAAAAAGAAUUUACAAUUAAAUGUGCUUAUCUUGAAAUCUAUAAUGAAGAAUUACAUGAUUUACUUUUACCUCGUACUUCAUUAAAAUCAUCUUCACGUCUUGAAUUACGUGAAAAUCCGCGUUCAUCAGGUGUACAUAUAACAAAUUUAACUUGGAAAAAUAUUUAUACAAUAGAAGAAUGUUUAAAAUUAAAACGAUUAGGUGAUUUAGCACGAACAAUGGGUUCAACACAAAUGAAUCGAGAUUCAUCAAGAUCACAUACAAUGUUUUCUCUUUCAAUUCAAUAUCAACAUAAUAGUCAAACAAAAAUUUUUCGUCAAGGAAAAUUAAAUUUUGUUGAUCUUGCUGGUAGUGAACGUCAAAUAAAAACUGGUGCCAGUGGUCAACAAUUACUUGAAUCAGCUAAAAUUAAUCUAUCUUUAUCAGCAUUAAAUAAAGUUAUAUCAUCAUUAGUACAAACAAAUACAACACAUAUACCAUAUCGUGAUUCAAAAUUAACACGUCUUUUACAAGAUAGUAUUGGUGGAACUACCAAAACAAUAAUGAUUGCAUGUAUAUCACCUUCAGAAGAUAAUUAUGAUGAAACAUUAUGUACACUUCGUUAUGCAUCUCGUACAAAAAAUAUUCGUAAUACACCAAUUAUAAAUGAAAAUUCAUCAAAUAUACUUCUUCAACAAUAUGCUGAAGAAAUCGAACGAUUACGAGCAAUUAUUAAUUCUUCAAAUAUACAUAUGCAUUCUUUAUCACGUUCAAUUCCAUUAAAUGAAGUUAAAUUAGAUGAUCAACAUUCAAUUAAAACUAUUUGUGAUCAUCAAAUAUCAUCUGAAAAUUCACCUAUAAUAAAAUGUCAACGUACAAUAAGUUGUCAAACAAUGUCAAUUAUGACUGAUACUGUUAUUUCUUCGACACAAACAAUAUAUGAUAUUAAAGAUCAUGAUUAUAAACAAUUAGUUAUAGUUUUUGAUGAAAAUCAACAUAGUUAUCAAUUUCUUGCUUGGCAUAGUUGUGAAAUUUCAUCAGAAUUUAAUCGACAAUUGAAAAUACUUGUUAAAGAAAAUAAAAAUGAAAAUAGUUGGUUAGGUACAUUAACAACAACAAUAGAAAAUAAAUCAUUAAUAUGGAAAAAUCAUUUAUAUCAUCGUCAACAUCAAUUACAUUUAUCUGAACACACAGAUUCCAUAAUAACUCAUUUUAAAAUACAAGAAACCAUUGAUACAGUAUCUUCAUUAUCAACUUUUUCAUUGGUUCUUUAUACUUCAUCGAAUUAUAUUAUCCUUAAUAAUCUACUCUUAUCUUCAACCGAUAAAAAUCAACCUAUUAAUAAUCAUUUUAUAACAUUAAAAGAAAGUAAUGGUAUUAUUUAUUAUCUUUCAGAUAUGUUAUAUUCGUUAUCAACAAAUGAAUUAUUAGUUUUUAUGCUUGAUCAAUAUCAUCAUUAUCAUUUACAUCAUAUUAUAUUAAAUGAAAACUGUUUAUUUGAAAAUAAUGAACAAAUAGAAAUUGAACAUUGUUCUUGUUGUUUAAAUAAUGAAAAUAAAUCUAUGAAAAAUAAAUUAAUAUCUUGUUCACAUCAUUUAUCAUUUAUUAAUAUGUCAUGUGAAAUUGAACAAGAAAAUAAAAUACAUAAAACAAAUACGCACUUUAUCAACCUUGAUAAUCAUUCUAUAUAUUUGGACUAA